UAAUUAGUCGAAACAAAAGAAAAUGUUACUCCCGAAACAAUCUGGCAUUUUAUUUUCAAUAUUUCGAUUCAUUGGAAUCGCGCCAUAUACUAGAAACACAAAUAUCCAAUAUUCACGAAAGAUUGGACACCUAAUACCGACGUUAUUAUCACCGAUUCUCAGUUUGUGCUUAACGGUAUUCCUGUUUAUAUUCCCACAUUUCAAAUCUCUGGGUCCCGUUCAUACAAUCAUCAAUUUCUCCCAUAUUUGGAGCAUUUACUUUGCAAUUUUCAGCGCAAAUUAUCAAUGCUAUUUUUCCACGUCCGCAUAUCGUAAAGCCAAUUACCGAAUUCGACAAAUUGGAAAACGUUUUAGCGAAAAAUCAGCAAGGAAACAUAUUUAUCGCUUUCAACGUUGCUAUAAAAUCAAAAUAUUGAUCAUUUUCAUACUAUUUUUCGGUUCACAAGGCUUGGUAUUUAUUGAGGUAUGGGUCAUGUCCAUGGAUAGCGGACUAUGGUCAUCAUUGACUGCUUCGUUGGUGAUAUCUUCUUUACGAAUUCUGUAUCCAAUACACAUUUCGCAUACCAUACUUUAUGCAGAUAUUCUGGCUUUGUUCAUUAAAAGCGUUAAUAUACAAGCCCAAAAUCCGACGAUAUGUUCGACUUCCUCGCAAUUUCUAAGAAAUAUCAAAUCAUUUCACAUGGAAUUAUGGAAAUUAACAGUCGAGAUAAAUGACUUUUUCGGGAUACACCUCGUUUUCGUUAUAAUUAACUCGUUUAUUUACAACUUAUACCAGAUGUACUGGUUAUUUAUGGCGUUUCAACUAAAUUGGGGAUUGCUGGCUGUAGUUGACGGUUUCGUAUCAUUAUUAUACGGAUCGGUGAGUCUCUUUACUCUAGUAGAAUCAUGUCAAUCCAGUAAAUUGGAGAUCAACCUAUUGGUCCAAAAUAUCGAACAAAUUAUCUUUUGGACGAACGACAAUUUACACCUUCAUCAGUUGAAACAAGAAGUUUUGCAUCAAAUCAAUGUAUUACCUAUAUGCAUUAGCGCAAAUCAAUAUUUUACCAUUGAUAGGAACUUUUUAGCUACGAUUACUGCUGGUUGUUGUAUGUAUAUCCUGAUUUUCGUUCAAUUCUUCUUAACCGUAAAGGAAUAAGUGGGGAGCUUUAAGCUUCAUAAUGGUGUCGAAUGUUAUGUUGUUUGUAGAAUAAAAAGAUUUGAUUUCGGUUUGGGUGAUGUGAGAAU